UGAGUCCAUGAGCGAAUGGUUCUCAAUAGAGUACACGUGCUGCCUAUCUUUACUUCCAUUUUAAAUCUUUUGCUUCCAUGCAUGUAUUUCUCCUCUAACUAUACCACCAAAACAAAGCGGAGAGAGAAAGAAAGAAGGAAAGAGUCAUGGUUUUUUGCUUUGAUUCUUCUUCUUAUGUAUAGGCCUCUUCAUCGCCAUCAUUAGAGCGACCCAUCUCUUUUCAUUUGAAUUUUCUCAGUUCCAAUAACCCAUUUUACUCUCUCUUUUUAAAAAAAAAAAAUUGUUAAACAAUGAAAUAAAGAAUUAGGGGAGUUCUCGUUUUAUGGGUCGGAUCUCUUUGUUGUACUUGAAACAAAGAACUGUCACAUCUCAACUCUUGAUUCUUGUCUGAUCAUCUCCAUUGAAACAAAAGCAAGCAAUAUGUGAUCUGUUUUUUCUCUGCUUCUGCUUCUGGAUCUGUAAAUCUGUUCCUUAUGCUUUGCUUUACUUAUUCAACAUUGGAAGGUGUCUUCUUGGUCACAGUAAAGAAGCAAUCAUGAAAAAUGCAGUAUUUUCUAAGGUUUUGAGGUAAGAAAUGAGCUACUGAUCUUGUUUCCGUUUUUUAUUAUUAUCUGUUUUUAUUUAUUUUUAUUCCUUAAUGGAACUAAAUCUAUAAAGAAAGUUUGUUUGCAAGUUUUGCAACAAAAGGUUCUCAUGUUGGAAGUCGUCACAUAAGAACUCAUAUGAAGCAUGAUAGUUUCGCUGAAACAGAGGAAGAAUCUGCUGACAUGCCCAUAAACAGACUUAUUUCCACCGCUAAUCCCAGAAACAUAAAGAGAUUUAUCGUGUCCGAAGCUGGUGGCCAAUCUGCAGCUUAUGGUUUAAGGGAAAACCCCAAGAAAACCAAGAGGUUUUCGGAUUCAGGCAAUGGUUCUUCACUCAAAGAGAUGAUGGUGUGUAAAGAAUGUGGUAAGGGCUUUCGAUCAUUGAAAGCUCUUUGUGGUCACAUGUCUUGUCAUUCAGAUAAUGGUGAAAAACAAAAGGAGAUAAUGGAUAGUCAGUCAGAUACUGAGACAUCAGCUCCAAGUAAAAGGAGAUCCAGAAGGGGUACACCUAAGACAAUCGGUGUUUACCGUAAUAAUAAUUCAGAGAAUCUGGGGAAUGGUUCUUCGUCUGUAUCAGAGAUAGUGCAAGAACAAGAAGAGGUGGCAAUGUGUUUGAUGAUGUUGUCAAGGGAUUCUGGUUGUAGAAAACGAAUGAAUUCAGCUCCUGACUCUUCAGAUAACAACUCUGUUGUGUUGGAAGACAAGUCAUCGUCUAUUGAUGUGACGAUUACUAUUAAGAACGACAUGAACAGGGGUGGGUUUUUGAAGAUGACAAAGCAAAGAGACAACAAGUUGAAGAAAUCUCCUGAAUCUGAUCCUUCUUCUGAGAAUUCUGAUUCUGGGUAUUUUAGAAAUGGACCAAAGAAGGUGGAAUCAGAUGAUUCUGUCGAUGGGUUUCUCAAGAACAAUGAAUUUAAGAAGCCUAAUAUAGAAUCUGGAUCUGGGUUCAGAGACAUGGAUGAAACUUCUAGCAAGUGUUUGAGUAAAUUCAAAAGUGUGAAAACUGGAUCUUCAAAGUAUGAUUUAAGAAGAAAUGGGAAGAAUGAUUAUUACAGUCCUCAAAAGGGAAGCAAAUAUGAAUGUUUAACCUGUAGCAAGACCUUUGACUCCCAUAGGGCUCUUGGAGGGCAUAGAGCAAGCCAUACAAAGGUGAAUGGCUACAAUGAGUCAAUACAGGAGAGUUAUGAAAAUAACUUGGCAAAUGAUUCUUUUACGGCUCCAAUGAGUGAUACCAAAGUUACCAAGGCUUCUUCAAAUGGUAAAAGGCUUGGUGUUCCUCGUGGUUCAUCUUACAAUGCUGAGAAAAGAUUGGGUUCAAAGAAAAACAAGGGCCAUGAGUGCCCAUUUUGCUUCAGAGUUUUCAAGUCAGGCCAAGCUUUAGGAGGUCAUAAAAGGUCCCAUUUUGUUGGAGGUUCAGAUGACAGAACAUUGGUGAUCAAACAAGACUCAUCAGAUAUGCCAGCUCUAAUUGAUCUUAACCUUCCAGCUCCUGUUGAGGAAGAUGCAUUGGGGAAUGCUACUGGGUUCAUGCCUUAGUAGACUAGAAGCACUAGAAGCAUGACUCGGCUCAUGGCCUGACUGAUGGUUCUAGAGACUCAUCCCGUUUGCUAACUGCCCAUGGCACUUACCGGUAGCACAAGCAAAGCUGGGUUUGAUCUUCAAACUGAACAAACUUUUGGGCAUAGUUUCCUCAUGAUGCAAGAGAUUCUAGAGUGUAUAGACAAGUCAAUUUACCCCCCUUUUUUGUGUUUCCCCUUUUUGCUAAGGUAAAUCUUUCCCCAUAUGUUGCUUUUGAACUAUUAAAAACAUGUUCUCUUGCAUUUAAAACUAGUUUUCUUUUGAUGUUAUCUAUGUCUAUUUGUUCUUGAGACAUUAUCAACUAUGUUUCCUCUUCAAGUACACUCCAUUUUCCAUAUCAAAA